CCUGCGCGAGACUUUUCAUAGAGCAUCAUGGCGGAUUGUGUUGUCAAGUGAAGCUAACAAAUUGUCACACUUUUGCAACCGACAAAACGCUAGUUUAAAGCUUUGUCAGGAUUAAAUGUAUUUCAAGAUUUAUUUACAAGCUUGAUUUAGUGAUAAUGUUAGGUUAAGAAACGCAAUGGAUGUUAAAGAUGCCACCACGUCGUUGGCAGAUGAUUUGAAAGAAUUGACACUCGAUGGGCCUGUCACCAAGGCUGCUUUAAAGUCCACUGAAGAAUUAGAAGAACUAACUGUAGAUGAACAACUAAGUGAUAUCGAAAGAGCAGUUUACCUGCUAAGUUCUGGCCAAGAAGUACAGCGAAUCAGUGUUAUCAACAACCUGCCGGAUCUUCUCAAAGACAGCCAUGCAGACUGUAUGCGAAGGGUUGUCCCCAAAGUGCGGGAAGUUCUUCAUGUUGCACAGGCGGACAUGCAGUUGGCAGCAUCAUCGGCGUUUGUCCAGAUCUUACGUAAAGACUUGGUUCCUGUACAAAACUAUGCCUCAACAUUCCUACAAACCAUUCUAUCCAGUGUUGACAACAAAGAUCCAGUGCGAGACUGGGACAUUGCCAACGCCUGGUUAGAUACAUUGUUAGAUGUCAUUGAUCUACUGCCAAAAGAAAUCAUCAAAAAAGAGAUUUUAACGAUAGCAAUAGAGAAAGGGCAGUUAUCGCAGCCAGUACAGACUAGACUGUCAUGCUGUAAAAUACUGGGCAAAAUUGCAACAAGAUUUGAGCCUUUCGUGAUCAAAAAGGAGAUUCUUCCUAUAGUUCAGUCACUGUGUCAAGACGUGGAGUAUGAAGUACGGGGCUGUAUGUGUUUGCAGCUCGACCCUGUGUCAAGGGGAUUAGGCUUGGAAGCCACCAAAAGUGCAAUACUACCUGAGUUGGUAGAGUUAACCAAUGAUGAGGAGAGUUAUGUUAGAAUAGCAGGACUUCAAACUGUUGUCAAUAUACUCACUCUUGUAGAUGAAGAUACGUGUAGAGCAACAUUGAUACCUCUGGUGUGUAAGUUCUGUCAACAAUCAGUGAAGACAGAAGAUGUUACACUACCUAUAGUAGCCAGGGAGAUAGGAAAACUUUGUCAUGGAUUCUCAGCAUAUCUAACUGAUGAACAGAAGUCAUGGUUUGUUGAUUUCUUCAAGCAGUUAUGUAAGGUUGGACUCAAUGAAAAUAAAUCCAAUAAAAACAAAGAUGCUGAGAAAGAGUCACCUUCCAAAGACCAGCAGGUUCCAUUGUUACCAGAUAUCAUUGAAUUACAGGAUCGCCUUAUAGAAACUAGAAGAAACUGUGCAUUUAAUUUUCCUGCAAUGGUGUUGUUUGUUGGUGCAAAGUCAUUCAAGUCAGAACUGGGUGUAUGUUUCUCUAGUAUAUGCAAGGACCCAAAUGUUGAAGUUAGAAAAACACUGUCAUCAGGGUUUCAUGAGAUUGCUGCCAUCAUGGGAAGCCAUGUGAGCAACCUUCAGGGAGAUAUGAUCACGUUGCUGCGAGAUGAAAACACGGAGGUGUUGAAGGGGAUUAUAACACAUCUGCCAGAGACUCUCACCUCGGUUUGUGGUCCACUUACCCAUCAGGCCAUGCAUGAAGUCAAGCAACACCAGAUAGCGGACCUGAUACCAGCAAUAUUAUCUGCAGAGAUUGUGAUAGCGGCAUCCAAUGACUGGCGACUACAGGAGACGAUAAUAGACCACUUCAAAUGUUUUCAACAUUUAACAAACAGUGAAAACAUCUACCAUAAAAUCAUUCCAGUACUCUUGAUCAAACUCAAGAAAGCUAGGGCAUUACCAGUGAGACUAGCAGCAGCACGCUCAACAUUAUUCCUGCUGAGAAAUCUCAAGAAGAUGGAACAGCGGGCAGAACUUCUCAAUACAUUAGUGACAGAUUUCUGCCAUGGUAAAAGCUGCCACCAUAGGAGUCUAUUCAUUGACAUUUGUAGAGUGACUAUAGAAUAUUAUUCCAAGUCGUUUUUCAAGGAAACGUUUUUCGAGUAUUUAUUAAGCUUACACACUGACCCUAUUGCAAAUAUUCGUUUUCGGUUGUGUUCAAUAUUACCGGAUUUAAAACGUUUGUUAAAAUUACCGAGUGACAGGACACUUUCGCAACAGUUGGAUGCAUGUGUUCGGAGAUUAUUAAUCGGGGAGAAAGAUAGGGAUGUUAGUCAAGCAAUAAAAUGUGCAGUGGAAGAAAUGGAUAAAACACCUGUGUAUAUGGAAUCUGGGUUGUCACGACGGAUCUUGAUGGAAGAAGAUAUUGAAGAUCAGAAGAAGGAAACAGAAGAGAAAAAACUUAUUGAAUUGGUAUGUUAUUGUUACUCCAUCAGCCUAGAUAGAAAAUGUUCUAGUGGAAAAGUAUGGCACAUCAAAAAUUCCAGUCCAAAAAAGGGUAAAAGUGGAAGUUCGAGUAGUGUGAAACAGGAACGUGAAUCAGCUGGUGUAAAACGUACGCCAAGUACGACCAACUCUAACACCGGUUCUACUGCCUCAGUAAAAGAAAGUGAAUCUCGAAUCCCGCUAGCUAACAGGUCAAAGUUAGCAAGGACAAAGUCAGAUUCUGCAGCCAGCAAAUCCGGUACAAAGACAACUCGGUCAGGUGCUAGUGGGGUACCCACACCCAGCAGUGCAGGCUCAGGAUCUACUAGGAAAAUUUCCACCUCAAAGCUGGCAUCAUCCGAGGCAUCUUCUCGGCGUGGAUCCUUCAAUAACUCUCCCACCUCUACCUCAGAUAAACCAGUAAGAAAAAGUAGUAAUGGAAGCAUUCCAACAUCAAAAACCAAGAAAUCCAAAUGAUAGUGUACAGUACAUGUAAUGUGAAGUCUGUUGAUAAACUCUAGUGUAGGUGCAAAAUUGUAACACAUCAACACAAGCUGGUCUGUGAUCAACUCUUGAAACGUGAUACAAACUGAAUUCAUGUGAUCACGAUUUUGACAAAAUGAUGCAAGCUGAAAUGAAACAUACACUGUGGGAUCACAAAUCUGUGAUUUGAUACAACCUGAUGUCAAAUAAUGUUGUCUACAGAAAAAGAUUGAACUAAUGCAGGAAUUGUGUUGCCGUGAUUUAAAAUGGUGUUGUACACAAAUCGUGAUUAUGACUACAUCUGGAUGUCAGUGUUCAGUACAAGUGUGAUUAAAAUCUGAAAUUCAGAAGUAAUGUAUGCAGGAAUAACAUGACCUUGGAUCAUGAUAUUACAGGAUCUUGAAUCGUGGCGAUACAGAUACUGGCUAAACUAAUGCAGACUGGAGGCUUUGAAGGGUCACGAGGAAUCGUGAUAAUGGUUAAGAAAUCCUGAUAAAAACUGAAUUUAUGCUGGAAGCUGCAGUCAAGAUUUGGAGUCGUGAUACCAAGUAAAGUCGUACAAGAUUCAUGUUUAUCAUAUACACUAGAAUGUGUUCUGUGUGUCCUGAAGUUGCACUAACUGUCAUUUAUAUUGCGAGGUGCUUUCAUUCAUUUGAGAAACUGAUGUUAUGUAAUUUGAAGCAGUCAUAGUGAUUUGGUGUUGUGAUUGAAUAAUGCUUAAUAUUUAAGAAAAUGAACACCAAAAUGUGGUCAGUGGAGAUAUGCAUUUAUUGGUGCCUACAUUCAAAUCCAUGCAAUUAUGACAUGGUAAUAUAUGCAUGGAAAGAAAUUUGUUUAAGGUGACAGUUACUGUAAUUGGCUGGAGUUUUCCUUAAAUUAUCUUCAAGUAAGGCUAAUGGAGGGUGCAAAGUGCCUAUGUUAUAAAGAUGUGAAAUGCUUUUGAUGCAGAGAAUUACGUGUGUGGUGCAUGUCCAGUUUCAGAGAUUUAAACUGAGCUACAAGGACUGUAUCUUGAAAGUAUGUGGUACUGAAAGUGAUCUAGAAAACAAAUGUUUUGAGAAUUACAUACCAUAUUUGGUAUAAACUGUUGAAAUAUAAGAUUUCUGUAUUGUUGUUAAGUACAAAAAAGUCUGAUUGCAAGGCAUUUUUUACAAGUCAGUUAUAUAAAUUACUACUAUGUAUUAAAGAUGUAGAAAAAUAUUUCAUUAACAGUUUUUAAACGAGGCAGGGAAAACUUGUUAAAUCAAAAUUAUAUAAUUACUGGUUUUUCUCUUUUGCAAAUAACAGCGACUUUAAACACAAUAGCGUAACGGCAAUAAUAAUUUUUUAAUCCAAAUUUUUUAAUAGUUGUUAACUAGGAAAAGACUGAGCCAAGUUAAUUAAACAGACUGAUUUGCACUCCUAAUGAUAAGUGCUUACGGAUUUUGUUUUAUAAUUAUUUGGCACUUUCCUUAAAUAUACUGUCAAUUCUCUUUUCCAAAAGAAGUACAUUUGUAAUAAACAACAGAAUUAUUACUGGCUGUUUUCUCAUUAAAACACAUAUCAUUCUGAUCAGUUUAUGAAUCCCAAAGGAGCUUAUUAAGUAAAGUGCAAAGCAAGCUUCUUUAUUAAUAAAAGAGAUCUCAUUUUGUUACCAUGAGAUUUUACGAGAUUUUGCUCCAUGUACUUAUGAGAGUUUCAGAUCUUGUUUUAUUUUAGUGAUUUUUGCUUUUCUCAGCAAGUCAGUACCUGUAAACUAAAAAAAAUAUGAGAAAUUAGGUUGCUUUCUUUACUUCCAAUCAGCUGAUUCAGUUCAAGUUAAAGUUCUGUUAUAUUUAGAGUUGUUGAUACAUGUAGGUAUGAAUUAUUAUCCGUGAUUUCUUAGUACAGAAGCCCUUGCAGGCUCUGUAUUCAGGUUAUGCAACUAUAGUAGGAGCAUUAGUCAGUUACAUUCCAAAACAGAGUUAUUCCAUAUAAACAGUGUAUUUUGUACAUAUUGAAAUUCAAAGUAAAAAAAUUGAACAAUAUACCAGUUUAAACUUUUUUCAGUCUUUCGUCUAGAAAACUUACUUGUUAUACAUUGUGUAUUGAUAUGUAGUCAAACCUGUCUGAAAAGACCACCAUUGGAAAAUGACAGAAUUUGUCUUUGACAACAGGUGUUGUCUUUUUUUUAAGAGGUAAAUCGACCCUGUAACUAGAAGUAGUAAUAAUGACCUUUAUAAACAGGGUUUUUUUUGGCUUUUAUUCAGAGAUGAUCUUUAGUACAGGUCUGGUAUGUACAAAAAUUUCAUAGUUUGUCGAGAUCAAGAAAUUUUAUAUAGUAACGGUAAAAUGAUUACCGUAUACAGUAUAUGCAUUCAUUUAUAUGUAAUUCCUGUUUCAUACUUCCUUGUAUAUCGUUCUGGGCCCAGUUGUUCGAAACUUUAACAGGCGAUUAAGCUAACGGUUGAUUGACUUUUAGGUUUGUUUUUUCGACAUUUCAGAAGACUUAGAAAACAAAUGUAUGAGGUAAGAAUUAUGAACACUGAAAAAUCUUUACAAUGAAAUCAAAACAUCAUACUAGUGUUUCCCACCAAGUCUAGUAUUUUGAAUCAAAAUUUAACUGGUGGUUGGUUUAACAGCCGAUUAAAGUUUAGAACAGCCCGGCCCUGACCUUGGUUCAAUUUGUUUUGUCUAGCUUUAUUGUUUAUUCACAAAACCACACAAAAUUCAGUAUUUUUCGUGUUCUGAUUUUUUUUUUUUUUGGCCGGUAGUGUUAAACCUGUGUAUUAAAAUUGACCUUGAACUUUUAAGUCAUUUGUAAUGGAAAUUGUAUGUUCACAAAGUCUUAUAUUUUUUGCCUUUACUUAGAAAAUGUAGAUACCUCUGCAGUCACUUGCUCCUUGCUGCUUUGGGUUCAAAUCCUAAAGUCAAGACGUCUUUCAUUUGAGGAAGCUAUCUGUCUGAUUAAAGAAAGGCCUGACGUUCUACCCAGGUGCCCACCAAUGCCUGAAAUAAUAAAGGAGGGGCCCUAGGGUCUUCCUUCACCAUAAAGAGCUUGAAAAUUGCAAAUGACCUAUAACUGUAUCGGUGUAACUUUAGACUUGACAGGAAGUACUUUUCUACAGAAACAUACAGGAUGAACUGUUUACAAAUUUCUGAAAUUUACCAUAACACACACAUAACGAAUUGAAGUAACUGCACCAUUUCUUAUUUGUUGUUCAAAAGUUGAAAUGACCUAAAUAUUACCAAUUACUUCAUUACAUCUAAAAAGAUGGAUACAUGUAUUUUCAUUUGCUGUGAACACAUCAUCUUUCAGUAUAAAACAAUGUAAAGCCAAAAAUAUAUAUAAAAAAGGAAUUCCUGUGUUGAAAAAGGGUUUGCAUGCUUUACAGUUAAUAAUUAAAAGUACUGUUUAGUAUGAUUUUGAAGAAUUUGUGUUUUCUUUCACUUUUGUUAUUUAUAUUGGUAAACUUAGAAGCCAAAUCAAACCUUGUAUGUUAUGUUCACUUGAUCCAAGUUAUUUUUUUAUUUUAUUUAGAAUAGUUUAUUAUAUAUAAUUAAAUUAUUUAUCAAUUCACAGUAGUAUGUAAUUGUGGAAGAUGGACAAAACCUCCUUGACUUCACUUUGCAGAUCUUGAAGAAACCUCUCCCAUGGAUUUCAUUGAAAUGGCAAAAACCCCGCAAAAUUAUUUCAGUUCUGCAAAAAUUAUUGAAAAUGUUUUUCUGCCAAUGUCUGUCUCAGAUACUUAAAUUUUCAAGGAUAAAUCUUUUUACAAUGUACUUCCAACUAAUGAAAAAUGAGAGUUGAUUUUAUACUGCUAUAUUUUUAGUUUAACUGUGAGUCAAGUUCUGCUACAUACAAAAAAAAAGCAAUGUGUAUUAAUCACUUCCAACAGCUCAUAUUCCUCGCCACGAGGAUUUGAAAGGAGAGAAGCCAUUUUCUCUCAAAAAGCUGAGUGCCAAACAAGGGAGCUACUGGUUCCUUUUCAUAUGUUUUUGUUUGACAUAGCCAGGGAACUAAACUCGUGGCCGCCUGUAUCUGAAACAGCCACUACCACUAAGCUAACAAAUCUGAAAAAGACAUGGAAAGUUUUUGUCAUUCUUACGGAAUACAUGGGGUAGAUUUUUUCAGUUUAUGCAAAAUUCAGUGAGAGGGGUUUUGUGCUACACUUUAAAUAGGAAAAACUAUUCUAGGUGCUUUCUUGCUUUUGCCAUAUAGCCACUAUUGCCAUAUACUAGUACCAUUCUUAGUUUAUACUAACAAUACAGACAUAGUUCAGAACACAGACAUAUUAACUUAGUUUAAUUUUAAGGUUAGUUAACAUUCAGAAGUAUUUACACAGCGUACUAGCUUUAUUGACAAGAUAUAAGAUUUACUCUGUGUUACAUUUCAAUAUACAGUAGAGACUGCCUUAGCGUCCCCUUGCCUUCAGCAACUUUCCGUCUACAACGACCUUUUUAUUUCCUCCCAAUGCAUUUUACAUUAAAAUUGGCUUGUUUCUAGCAACUCUGUCUGAUGCGUACAGCGACUAUGAUUUGUUUGCCCGGAACCACAACUUCGAACCUUUAUAACGACUUUUUGACCCAUUCUCUUAAAUGGAGAAACUUUUCCAGUACAAAUCAUUGAGUGUAGUCCUAGAUCUUAAUAACUGCGUCAUCGCAUUAUCGAUAUGAAAAUAAAGUGAAGCAGACUAAAAGGUCAUUUAAAAUAUUCCAUGUUUUAUCAGAGGGUUAAGAGUGUUUAAAUGUUUUUAAUAAAAUGCUUACUAGAACAUGUGUUAUUUGCCUUAAACCAAGACCUCUCCUAGUCAGAUUGUGUAUAGAGACUCCCUGUAUACAAUUACCUUUUUGAAGUUCUCCAAAGGUUGGUCACUGUAGACAGUCUUUACUGUAUUUCACACACACACACACAAAAAAAAGAAAACUUAUUUAAUAAAAUAUUUUCAUAGAUUCAUAUGACGAGGCCGUGCUGUGAUGACAUGAUUUCAUACAGAUUUCAUAUAACAACACCACUUGAAAGAAAGUGUGCUUAUUUUUUGGCAAAUUAAUCAAUGUUCAUUUAAACACCACUUGCUCAGACAUUGGUGGCUCUAGUGCCUUGGGCCCACUUGAACAAUUAGUAUGGUCCGCAGCAGUUUUCCAUUUAUAUUUUAUGUUCAAAUCUCUCAAAAUACUUAGUAAGAUAAUUUUUUGUGUCUGUCAACUUCUGGCCAUAUAAAACAUACCGUACAUAUUGAAUUCCAGCCUGCUCGUAAGACCUCAGCAGGUAAUUUCAAAUUCUUUUGAUUUAUCGUCCACUUAGUGCAAAAAAAAAAGAGAAGAAGAUAACUGCAUGAUAAAGCACUUUUCACCUUUUUUGUGCUGAGGUUAGAACUCAUUAUAUGAUUUCUAUUGUACUUAAAUUUGUAUUCAGUCCAUUUAGAGUAUUUCUGAGAUGGUCGUUAUCUUGGAGUAGUCAUAAUAUUGAAUAUUUCUAUAACCAACCAAAUUAUAGCUCUUUUUUGCAGUUGCUAAACCAUUAUUAGAAUUUGCAUUAGUUAGAAUGUAGUUAAAUAUCCCUUAAACCACAAAUUAGUUUAUAAUAGCCUGCAAUAUGAGAAAAGAAAAAAAAUGCAAUGUUUGGCAUAAUGAGAUUGUCCCUGUAGCUUAGAUUCUUUUAUUUUUGUUGUUCUUGUUUUUGUUGUUGCUUUUGAAAGGAUUCAGUUAAGUAUUGUGUUCUUUUUUUUUAUAAUUGAGCCAUGCCAUGAGAAAACCAACAUAGUGGGUUUGCGACCAGCAUGGAUCCAGACCAGCCUGCGCAUCCGCGCAGUCUGGUCAGGAUCCAUGCUGUUCGCUUUUAAAGCCUAUUGGAAUUGGAGAAACUGUUAGCGAACAGCAUGGAUCCUGACCAGACUGCGCGGAUGCGCAGGCUGGUCUGGAUCCAUGCUGGUCGCAAACCCACUAUGUUGGUUUUCUCAUGGCACGGCUCAAUUAUAUGUUUUGUUUAGAAUGCAAUGACUGUUUAAGUUUUUUUUUACUUUUCAGUACAUUGAAAAUGUUGGCCAAAUUCUGUCAUUUUAUGUUUACAGGUUAAAGUUGGCUUCUGAGAAAACUUUUAUUAUGAUUUGAUUCUCCUAUAUCUAUUUUUGCAUUUUUAUUGGUAGGGAAACUUCCAUGCGUCAGUGUUAUGCACGAGUGCUGAAUAGAAAAAUGUAGUUUUGUUGGUAUUUAGUCAGAGUAUAGGUAAUUUUUGGCCAGUUUAACAAAACUUAUUCUUCCAUAAAUAAGAUAUACUAAAACAGAAUCAGAAUUUGUUUCACUAUUCACCAGUGUGUUUUUAUAGGGAGUUUCAGUCAUGCUUCCUGUGAAAUGUGUUUGUUCAAUGUUCAUUUUCCUUUUGUCUUUGACUUGAUUCAGGAAUAUGUAUAGUCAAACUUGUACUACAAGAUCACCUGUGGACAGAUUCCACCUGUUGGAUAAAUAUCUUGUUUCAUUUCUGAAAUUCUGAUUGUGUUUUAACCUGUAAAAAAAAAACAUCACCUUUAGAUAAAUACCACAUUUUGGGAUUCUGUGUCUGUAAGCUUAUUUAUUGUCACCACCAGAGACCCAUAUGGGUGACUCCUCCAGAAGGCUCUUAGAAAUUUUUAAGUUGGAGGACAGUGUGCGAUAUAUAAAACGCUCCAAUUCCAUAAGCUUCCCUGGUUCUCUGGCGUUCCAGGUGUAAAGCACCGAUACAUAAGAUUUUUAUCCCAGUGUUAGUAAUUUCAUUUGGAGGGGGUUGAACAGUCUUACCACUGGAACACUGUGUCCGCUUUUUAGGGAUCUGUCAAGCUUGGUAUUUAUAGAUAGAUUGUCUUUAUAUAAAGGUGUUCUUUAUAUUCAGGUGUCAUUAUGUACAGGUGUUCUUUUUAUACAGAUUUGACUGUAUAUUGGUGUGUUGAUUGAGUUCUCUUCUACCUGUAUUUGUUCUUACCAGUCCAGUGCAAUUUCUCACAAAGUGAUUCCUGUCUACCUGCUUACAAAUGUUCGUUUUGAUUUUGAGUCAGAUUUUUUUCUUUGCAUAUAUUAGGCUGUAUUUUUCAUAUUAUCAUUCAACUUGUACUUUUUUGUUCAAGGUAAUAGACAACUGAUGGACACUGAGUAGUGUUAUUUAAUGUUAUAGCUUUACUUUAGUUUUCCUGUCAAACGCAAAUGUACAUGUAAUUACAAAAGAUGAAAGUGGAAGUUUUUCUGUGUUACAUGGAGAGGUUAAAUAUUUAUCAUUUCUGGGAAAUCUUCAGAUAUCUAUGGAACGGAUACCUUAAAAACUAAAUUUUAGUGCUCUAUUCUGCAGUCUGAAUAAAAUUCACUUAAAAUAAAAUGCAAGAUGGUUUACAGAAUAAUUUAUUCUUUGUGGUGUUGGUUUCAAUAUGUUAGUAAAAAUUGUUAAACAUUCAUUUCUCCAAACUGAAGGCUUUAAUGAUUAAAGUUUUAGUUAAAGAUCCUUUCCUAUUUUAGAGAGUUUUUUCUCAUACAAGUAUUUGUGUAUGAAUGACAUCAUAGGUCCUAUUCUUUGUUCAACAGAUUACAUGUAUAUCACUGUUUUUAUUUUCUUGGGGUAAACUUAAGGCUUAAAUUAUACAAAAAGGCCUGAUUUUGCAGGCUUACUUAGUUGCAUUUGUCAAUGCAUAUGCUUAUAUGUUUUUCCUGUCAUAUUAUUUAGUAUCCAUAGAUGGGAAUAUUUCAGUAAGUAAAACAAAACCCAAAUAACCUUUUCAGCUAUUGUUUUGUUACUUCUAGUAAAGUUCUGAAUAAUUUCCAGGUCAGAAAUCCAGUAUGUCUUGUGUAAACAUUGCUUAAUAUGUGUCAUAUGUGUGUUAAGCAAUAAACAUGAAUUGAUUAUUUAUGAAUUUUCAAUUUCUUUCUUGUGUUGUCUUUUUCCUUGUUUUUGACAGAAUCAUGAUUUUUUAUUUCACAGUUACCGAGUAUACAUGAAGAAAUUAUGAUAUGUAUUUGUUAAUUGUUGUUAAUUGUAAGAUAAAAUUUUAUUUUUCAGAUACAUUGUAUGAUUAUAAAAUAGUUGUAAGAUUAUGAAUAAAAUAGAUUAUCUGUGCUGUAUCAAA